AGCCCUUUCUGCUCUCGAGAGUCCUCCAGCCAGCUCAACCCUGGAAAACAGAAACCACUAAGGAUGCAGUGCACAGGCCAGGAGGAGAGGGUUCUGAGGCUGGGGGAACGAAGCAAAGAACUGGAGGGUGACAAGGAUAGUGAACUACGGUGGCGCAGAGGGGGCAGGUGAGGACCGGAAUGGUGGUGCCAAGGCAGGGCGGCCUGAGUCAGCUCCCAGACAGGUUGGUAACCCUGAGCUGUUGCUGAGCUGGGUUCCUGGAGAGGUGUGUGCCAAAGACUAACGGGCUGGUCCGGGGGCUGGGGAGGCGGCGGUCUCCAAGAAGCGAGGAGAAGGAGACCCUGUCCCGAAACCUUGCCUUGGAGCUUUGCAGACGCGAGUGCCUCGUGCUUGUUCCUAAUGUGUGCCUGACAGAACGUGCCAGACACUCCAGUGGGUUUUGUUUAUGUCACUGUAACACAGAGGAUGUUCCCGAGUGGGAAAUCUCUGAAGGAGAAGCAGGAAGCAGUAGGCUUUUGGAGAACAUGGAUGACAGAUGCGGCUUUUUGGUUAGUUUUUGGAAUACAAGGCAUCACUGAAGAAACAUGUUAGGAUUCAUCACAUCUCCAAAAUAGCAAUAUUUACAACGUGGAGGUGUCGACCUUCUUAGUAGACACAUUUUGAAAAUCAAAAUGAAUGCCUUCUGGGAAGUCUUAGAGCACUUAUAUAAGAAAGUACUUCUCGGAGCCACACUCGAAAGCGAGAGCCACGAGUAUGUCUUUUAUCUCAACCCAGCACUUCCAGAUCAAGAGUACGCCACCACCCUUUCCUUAGAACGGCCAGACACAAAUGAGGUGCAGGAGGUGCAUCAGCCUGCCACGGUGACUGCCAUGCCUGGAGCAGGAGUACGUGUGAAGAGAAACUCUCAGACAAGAGGUGGCCAAGAGACACAGCUCCUUCAGUUAACUGUGAUCCAAGUGAUGAUAUCCAAGAUACUGUCUGCGGAAACUGAGAUCCGUGCAAAGGAGAAAUACUGUGAUAUAACUAAAAUCCUUUUACAGUCAAAUGAGGUCGAUUCUAAAUUGAUUUGUAUGAUCCAAAAUUCAGAUAAAUUAUUGUCUCACAUGGCUGCAAAGUGUCUGGCAUUGCUUCUCUAUUUCCAGUUGAAAGAAAAGAUAACAUUAAGUACCUCCUGGAUUGUUUUUUGCGAAAACAACCUUUCUGAAUACUCUGAGAGUAAUGAAGUAGUACAUUGCGUCUGGAUUCUUACAGCUGUAAUAAAAGAAAUCUUUAAAGACACAUGUUCAGAGAAAACAGAAAUUCUAAAGCAGUUCCUGACUACUUUUGAGACUACUCUUGAAGUGUUCUAUGAUUCCUUAUUUUCCCAGCAUUUUGAAAACCACCAGGAUCCUUCUAAGAUAAUAAACAGCUUAGUGAGUUUCUUGGACUUACUUGAACUUCUCAUAGCCUCCAGAAUCUACCUGAAGUCACAUUUCAGGAGCCAAAGCGUUUUCUUUUUAAAACCUUCUUGUGUGCUAGACAUUCUUACCCAGCCUCUUCCGGCUUUCGUCAAAAGAAAGUUGAUUAUAUUUAUCAAAAAGUGCCUUCUGUGUAAGGUGGGUGAAGACCUGUGUCGUGCCUCUGUGCUGGCCUUGCUGUCACCAGACCAUCACUUAGAUGUGGACAUGAUGGCUUUAGCUAAUGCCGUUUUGCAAGCUGUGAGUCUGGGUUUAUUGAAGACAUUGCCUGUUCGUGGAAAACGACCUUGCUUUGGAGGUAACGAAGCUCAGCCUGGAGGAGGAGACGCUGCUGGUCCAGAUCACGUGCUCCUUAGAGCUGCAAGCUUAAUAACAGUGAAGUCCUUAGAAAUCAAGUUUCAAAACUAUACAUCUAUAAAUGAAAUGAAAGCUGACUUACAGAGAUUCAUGUCUGAGUUACUGACCUUCUUAAAGCCUCACCUUCAGCCCUGUCUGCAGUUGUACAGCCCGUGUGAAUGGCUGUGUCAGGUCUUCAUAGAACAAGACGAUGACAUGCUAGAGGCUGCCAAAGCAUUACUGAGCGUGUACCUAAAGUUGGUCAGAGACUAUGAAGCUACUGAAAGUGUGACCCAAGGAAAAGAAACGUGGAUCCGUCACACACAUGAAAACGGCUAUAAUCCUCACUGUAUUUUCAUAUUCUUCUUAAAAAAUAUAGGAUUUGAUUCAGCAGUUCUUCUUGACUUUUUGAUUUCAUCAGAGACUUGUUUUCUUGAAUAUUUUGUUAGGUAUUUAAAGUUACUACAAAAAGACUGGGACAUUUUUUUCACCAUUUGCAAGGCCUUCAAUGCAGCUGAAUCUCAGUGUGGCAGGAAUAUUCAUAGUUGUGCCCCCUCGCUUGCCCAAGACAGAAGCAGCAAGCAGAUACCUCCUCCUCAUGGUCUGACUGCUCCUGGUAGUCACAGACAUGCUCACGCCUGCGUCCCCUGGGCUGCCGGUGAUUCUUCUGAACUUCUGAAGCAGGAUGUGAUGUCCAAGGAGACGGAUACCGUGAGCGAUUAUAGUCUGACUUCUCACACUUCCCAAAGGCUGGUCGACUACGACAGCUCUGAUGAUUCGGAAACAGAAUCCACAGGCCAGUGUUUAGCAAACAGCCAACAGACAUCUUUCCCCGAACAAGCAAGCAAGACAGUGCAAGGCCCAGCUGGGACAGGUAGGGAUAAAAAGGAACUUACCUUAGAGCCUCAGUCAAGCCCUCUGGUUCCAGAAGAAUCUGCUGAUCCCUUUUCUGUUGACUGUGAAAUAGACCCAAAUAACACUGUCUCUGAAGUAGAGAUAUUUCACAGAGUAGUCAAAUGCUUUGAGGACCUACAAGGUGCCAUUUACCGUUUGCAGAAGAAAAAUCUUUUCCCAUAUAACCCAGCUGCACUUUUGAAGUUGUUAAAACGUGUAGAGGCCAUGUGUAUUAAAAGUGUCAGCCUUUUGUAAAAUGUGGUAUUUUACUUCUAGGAAUUAUUUUUCCUUAAUAUAAAUUGCAUAUUCAUGAGAUAAUACUUUAAAAAGGAAAAUAGUGCAAAAAGGUUUUUGUAUCUAGUCUUUUCUUUUGCUUUACUUAUUGGAAGCAGCAUGGUACUCUGAAGAGACAUCGAAUGACAAGUCACUUGAUACAGUUUUGUAUCACUUGCAAAUCAUGAUAGUUCAAAGUUGUACAAAAUUUGAAGUGAUUAUUGCAAUUAUCAGUUUCUUAAGGCUGUUACAACAAAUUACCACAUCCUUAGCAGGUCAAAACAAAUUUAUUCUGUAAUGGUUCUGGACGCUCGAAAUACAAAAUCAAAAUCAGCAGGGCCAUGCUUUUUUCCAAGGCCCUAGGAAGAGUCCUUCCCUGCUUGAUGCUGAGUGUUGCUUGCCCAUAGCUGCACCGCCCCAUUCUGUACCUCACGACAUUCUCCCUGUGGGCGGGCCUGUGUCCACCUGUCUUGCAAGGGAUCAGCUGUGCUAUUAGGGCUCCCUAAUCUAGUCUCACAUCCUAACUUGACCAUAUCUACAAAGACCUCAUUUUCAAAUUAGAUUGCACACAGGCUCUAGUCAGACGUGAAUUUCAAGAAGACACUAAUCCGGUGUAGUUAUUAUUUCUCUCUGAGGGAUUUACAUGUAAAGUGUUAAACAGAAAAAAAAAAGUUUAAAGAGAAGAAAUCUGUUCUGUAUACAUGGUCUACUCUAUAAACAUAAUUUUUAAAAAACAGUCUACAUAUAAUGUACUCCAUAGGGUAUAGGGUUAUGAUCUGAUACAUAAUGUUUAAUAAGCAAGUUGGAGUAAUCAACAUUUCCAAGUUCUUAAAUAUUAUCAGUUAUUUGUGUUGGAAACUCCAAUUCUUGCUGAAGUGAUUUAAAAAUAUGUGUGUUGUAGAACAUAGUUAUAAACUACUAGGCUCUCCAGCAUUCAGACUAACUCCCAUUAGAACUACGUGUGUUUUGGUAUCUGUUAUUCCAUCUUUUGCUCCUCCUACAUUCUAGUGUAUGUGAUCAACUUUUUAGCUUCCUUGAAAUUGUGAGAAUAAAUAGCAUUUAUCGUUUUGUGCCUGGCUCAGCUUAUGUAACAUAUUGUCCUCUGAUUCAAUCUAUGGUGUUACAGGGAUGAAAUUUUAUUAUUUUUAAUGGAAUUAAAUUGCAUUAAGAAUACAUACAGUGCCACAUUUCCUUUAGCAUUUUUCCAUCAACGAGUGUCUUGAUGGACUCCAUAUUUUGACGGUUGUGCAUAAUACUGCACAUAAACUUGAGCAUACAGAUACUCUCUGAUACUGAUGUAAUUUCCUUUGGGUAUAUACCCAGUGGUAGGAUUGCUGGGUCAGUAGUAGUUCUGUUAAUAUUUUUUUUGGAGAAAUCUCCACAUUAUUAUGUUCUGUAAUGGCUUUACUAAUAAUUUACAUUCUCACCAAGAGAGUAUUUUAAGAGUUCUUUCUCCGCAGUCUUGCCAGUUUUUGUUGUUUUGUUUUGCUUUGUUAUCUUUUUGGUAGUAACCACUUUCACGAGAAUAGCAUGUUAUGUCAUUGGGGUUUUGACACACAUUUCUGUCACUAUUAGUAACGUUGGACUUUUUUUCAUAUAGUAGUUGGCCAUUUGCAGGUCCUUUGCCUGUUUUUUAACUGGCUUAUUUUUCUGCAGCUGAGUCUCAUGUAUUCUAAAUAUUAAUCUCCUAUCAGCAGUAUAGUGUGCAAUUCUUUUCUCCCAUUCUGUAGUUUAUCUCAUCAUUGUGUUGUUCUUUGCUAUGUGGAAGCUUUGUAGUUUGAUACAAUUCAUUUGCCUAGUUUUGCUUUUGUUGUUUCUUUUGUGGCCUUAACCAAAUUAUUUUUGCCAAUACCAAUAUUAGGCAGUGUUUUUCCUUGGUUUACUUAAAGUAGUUGCAUAGUUUCAGGUCUUACAUUUAGGUCUGACCCAUUUUGAGGGGAUUUUUAUAUAUGGCAAGAGGCAGGGGUCUGAUUCCAUUUAUCUAAAUAUACAUGCCCAGUUUCCACAGUAUUGUUUAUGCAGAGAUUGUCCUUUCCCAAAUAGCUAUUCUUGGUACUUUUGUCAAUAGUCAGUUGGCUGUAAACAUGUAAAUUAAUUUCUGGGUAUGUUACUCAAUUCCAUUUGUUUAUAUGCUGGUUUUUAUGACAGUACCAUGCUGUUUUGAUUACUGUAGUUUUAAGGCAUGUUUUGGAGUCAGGUGUUGUGAUGCCUCUAGCUUUUGAAUAUGAUUCUUAUUUAAAUUUUCUGUGAAAAGCUAGGUCUAUAAUCACAGCUGCCUUGCUAGCUGAGGCAAGAGGUUGGUGAGUUUGAGGGUAACCUUGGGAGCAUAGGAAGGCUCCACCCUAAAAAAAAUAUAGUUGUGACAUGAACAAUUAUUUUGUCUUUUUGAGGAAAAUGAUAACUCCAGUUUUCAUGCUUAUUAGAUUUGUAUAGUGUCAUGGUUUAUGUCUGUGGCCCCCAGGCCUCAGGAGUUUGAAUUGUGCAUUUGUUAUUCGUUCAUUGUCUAGUGCUUGGAUUGAUGGUGUCAGUGCCCCACCCUCAAAGGGGUGGACACAAGAUGUGAUGUAAUGGCAGGAAGAAGGUGUGUCUUGCUCUUUGCUGGUUCCUGUUUUGCUGUUUGCAGCCGCCAUGAACUGCGGCCCAGCCAUGCCUGCCUGCCUUGGAGCCAACUAAGUGUGGACUGAAACCUCCAAAAACUGUAAGAAAUAAACCUUUCCUUUCCCAA